UUAAACAAAACCUCCCUUCUCCUGCUGUUAUGAAGAAAAACGCGACCGUUCCAAGUUGAUUCCAGCGCGGCUCCAGCUUGAAACAGCGCGUGCAGGUGUAAUAAUACUCUGUGAUUGUUGUUGGCGCGCGAGAGGAGAGGAUGGCUCUGCAGACGGUGAAUGUGAGUGAGGCGGAGGUGCUGGAGGGCUGCGUGAAGCAGGGAAACCUCACCGUGGAAGUUACCGACUAUAAUAUCAGCUGCACGAACAGCUCAGUCCUCCCCAGACCGCCAGCCAGGGUCAAAGAGAUGGACUCCUUUCGCAUCCUCCUCUACACGCUCAUCUUCCUCCUGAGCGUCUUCGGCAACCUGCUCAUCAUCGUGGUCCUGAUGCUGAACAAACGCAUGCGGACGGUCACCAACUCCUUCCUGCUCUCGCUGGCCGUCAGCGACCUCAUGAUGGCCGUCUUCUGCAUGCCGUUCACCCUCAUCCCCAACAUCCUGGAGGACUUCAUCUUCGGAGGAGCCAUGUGCAAGGCCGUCACCUACUUAAUGGGGAUCUCUGUCAGCAUCUCCACCUUCAGCCUUGUUGCCAUUGCCAUCGAGAGAUACAGCGCCAUCUGCAACCCUCUGAAGUCUCGGUCGUGGCAGACGAGAUCCCAUGCCUACCGUGUCAUCGCCGCCACAUGGGUGGUGUCGCUGCUCAUCAUGGUGCCCUAUCCCGUCUUCAGCGUCAUCAGGACUUUCCCCAAGGCCAACGGCACUGUCGGCCAUAUGUGCCGCCUGGACUGGCCGAGCCAGCAGGCUGAGCAGACCUGGUAUGUGCUGCUGCUGUUCACUUUGUUCUUCGUCCCGGGAGUGGUGAUGAUUAUAGCCUACGGUCUGAUCUCCAGAGAGCUCUACCGAGGCAUGCAGUUUGAGAUGGGCCAGAACAAAGAGACCACCGGCCAGAAGAAUGGUGUUGCGAAGCCUCUUGCAGGAUCCAAUGAUGACGAUGAUGGCUGCUACAUCCAGGUGUCUAAGAAACCCUCCUCCUCUGUGGAGCUCCCCACCCUUUCUGGCCCUGCCGCUGCCACCCAAGCCAAGACUGACCGCGCCCGCAGCAACACCUCCGAGGCCAAGCUGCAGGCCAAGAGGCGAGUCAUCCGCAUGCUGAUGGUGAUCGUGGCGCUCUUCUUCAUCUGCUGGAUGCCGCUGUACUCGGCCAACACCUGGAAGGCUUUUGACCUGAGGUCGGCCUCCAAAGCUCUCUCAGGAGCUCCCAUCUCCUUCAUCCACCUGCUGUCCUACUCCUCGGCCUGCGUCAACCCCAUCAUCUACUGCUUCAUGAACACGCGCUUCCGCAAGGCCCUGCUCUCCACCUUCGCCUGCUGCUGCCGCAACCGGCUCUGUCGCCAGUGCUGGUGGUGCAGGAAGAGGGAGGCGGGAGAAGACGGCAUCACCGCUGUCUCCAUGGCUACAUCCAUGGCCACAUCUAUGUCUAAGAUUAGCUACACCACCGUCAGCACCGGCACCUGCUGA